AUGAAGCAGCGAAAAGUCCAUGUUCCUGCGGUUGUGGAUUGGCAUUGGAUUGGACAAACUGGAUUAAUGGAGGGAAUUGAGCCAUACUUGGAUAAAGCGUUUAAUAGCAUUCAUGGGAAAGUUGUUUGUAUGGGGUGGAGACGGCUCUUUGAAAUUCAGGAAGUCGAGUACAAGGAAUUAGUCAUCGAGUUUCUGGCCAUGAUUUCUUUUGCACGGAAGCAUGGUAUUUUUGCUAAGGACAACCUUUCUUUUUGCCCUGGCGGAGAAAGGCGUACUUUAAGCCUUGCUGAUUUUGCGAUAAGGACGGAGAUUUAUCUUCCGGCCAAGGCACAUUCUGAACCCUAUCAACAAUAUAUUGCUAAAUAUGUGCCGAUUAUCGAGGGGUUCAGAGCGGAAGCACAUUGGAAUGAAAUAGCAAAUGGCAAAGCACCUUUUCCAAGGCUUGGAAGCAAGGAAUUCGAUCAUACCAUUAGAGGUAGGAGCACUAAGGAAACAAAUCUUUACACUUCGACUUUUCAUUAG